GUGCGCGUCAGCAAUCACAGGCGCAUCAACGACAGAUGUCACCACUGCGUCUGUCCAUCCGUCACGAACGUACACAGACAGCCAUCAGCACCCGUCCAUCCAUACGCACUCGUGCGUGCAUCAAUCACAGCUUCGAGAAGGCCGUCGGCUGUGUCUUGCCCCUCCCCCCCAUGUGUGCAGCAGCGGCAGCUGCAAUGCCGACGUCCUCACUCUGCAACGCUGCCAUAUUCCAAAUCCGCUGCAUCACCAGACCGUCCUGCACGUACACGCACACACAGGUGUAAAGACAUGGACAGACACACAAGCACAUCCGUACCUCAACAGAGUGGUCUCGUGAAUAGUUGAGGGCCGCCUUGGUGCCGCAGACAGCCACGGGGCUCUUGGACGCUAUCACAGAUGCCAACUUGAGCGCACCAUCUAAUGAAUGGACGACCAAACACAGUGUCUUCUGUCAGCGAGGCGGGUCGUCAAUUGCAUACCUCUCAUGGCUUCGGCCGUCGGCUCUAUCGCGCUGACCAGCCCGCGCUCAUAAGCCUUCACUCGAGAAUGCCGACACACCCACACCCACACCCACAUACAACAAUCGCCUCUUGCGUGUCAUUCGCUCCACAGUUUCCCAUUUCAUGUACCGUACCGCACCUCCCUCACCUCCAUCUCUACCUCCCUACGUACCUCUCGUGCGUCAAACCGGCGGGCAGUGUAGGCAAGCUCACGAACCUGACAGACAGACAGACAGACAUGAGCACAACUGUACGUGUGUACCCAUCCAUUCAUCGAUCCAUUCAUCCCUGAUGGUCCUCUCCUUCCUUCUCACCAAUCCGCCUACCCACCUCGCAUACACGUGGCAAUCGUUGAAGCGUCCCUGGUCAAUCAAUUCAUCACACACACAGACAAGACACAUGUCGCCCUCCCUGUCGGCUCGUUGGUUCGUCCGUCGGCGUACCCAGGUCGGCCGCAAGCCCCAGGUCAAUCUCUUGACGGUGAACCAGGCGUCGUGCGUGUACAGUCGGAUGUCGCACGCACAGAUGAGGUCCACACCGGCGCCCACGCACCCGCCACGCACCGCAGCGAUCACGGGCUUCGAACACCUCUCUGAACCAUCGAUCACCCAAUCAGCCGUACAAUCGGAUGUGCACGCCACGCACACUCGGUGUGGUGUUGGUGUGCGUACUUACCGAGAGACGACACGCAGUCCUGCAGGUGCUCGACGAAGGCUUUCAGCUUGAAGGCCCUCCGAGCCACAUCUGUGCGAUAUACAUACGUGUAACAAGGCAGGCAAAGCAUGCAUGGACGAAUGGUCAAAGCCAGCCGUUUGCUCCCCGGCUCUCUCGCUCACCUUCCCCCUCCUGCUGGGCCAUAUGUGCCAUUGCGAACGUCA